UUUCAGGCCCAUCUUAUCCAAUACGUCUUCUCUUUUCCUUAAGCUUCACCACUUCAGUUUCAUCCAGAUUUCGUUGCCUCUUUGGUGUUUCAAACUGUCAAACAACAUGGAUGGUGGACUAAUAUUGACCUGGCUGAUCGUUCUUCCGAUGAUUAUUUCCUUGCAUAACUCGGAAUGGGUUUCAGCAAAGGAAGGAUUCAUAAGCAUUGAUUGUGGGAUAGCUCCGGGCUCCGAUUAUAUAGAUGGUGAAACCGAGAUAUAUUACACUUCGGAUACAAGAUUCAUAGAUACUGGAAUCAAUUAUGAUGUUUCCCCGGAAUACAUUUUUGAAGAUACCGAUCAACAUCUCAUAAACGUUAGAAGCUUCCCAGAAGGAGACAGAAAUUGUUACACCCUACAACCAGCACAAGGCAAGAAUCAUAAGUAUUUGAUCAGGGCUUCGUUCAUGUAUGGGAAUUAUGAUUCCAAGAAUCAACCUCCAAUCUUCAAGCUAUAUCUGGGUGUUGAUGAAUGGGCCACGGUGAGGAUAGAAAAGGCCAUUGAAAUUAGCAUGGCAGAAAUCAUACACAUACCAAUUACAGAUGACAUAGAUGUGUGUCUAGUAAACACCGGUUUGGGGACACCAUUCAUAUCGGUGUUAGAGCUCAGACAGCUUAAUGAUUCGAUUUAUAGUCCACCUGAACCAGGGUCACUGCUUCUCCGUGGUAGGUUCGAUUUUGGUACACAACAGGACUUGUAUGCAAUCAGGGACAAAGAUGAUGUUUACGAUCGGAUUUGGGAACCAGCCAAUUCGGAGUCCAUUAGUUCACCACUUGUAAAUUCUUCCUUUAGUACCUCUGACUAUAAACUACCAGGGAUUGUCAUGGCAACUGCUGCAACACCUGCAGAUGAAAAUGAACCCUUGGGUUUCUCUUUUUUAAUAGCUGGUCAUCCUUCUCAAAAGUUGUACGUGUACAUGCACUUUGCGGAGGUUGAGGAUCUCAAGGGCCAAAUCAGAGAAUUUACCAUCUCCGUGAAUGAUGAUGAGUCAUUUGGUGGGCCAGUGGCUCCUAGAUACCUACUUUCGGACACGGUAUAUAGCAAAUAUUCCCUGAAUGGAAGUAUUAACCGAUUGUCCUUUUCACUAAAAAGGACAAACAGAUCCACGCUUCCACCAAUUAUCAAUGCUAUGGAGGUUUACAGGUUAAAAGAAUUCUCACAGUCAUCAACCCAACAAAACGAUGUUGAUGCAAUCAAGAGGAUCAAAUCAGGAUACGCAGUGAGCAGCAACUGGCAAGGAGAUCCAUGUCUCCCCAUGAAAUACCAAUGGGAUGGCCUGACUUGCAGCCAAGAUACUUCCCCUUCUAUAAUAUCAUUGAACCUCUCAUCUAGCAAUUUGUCCGGGAAUAUACUUACUUCAUUUUCAAGUCUCAGAUCAUUACAAAAUCUGGAUUUAUCAUACAACAACUUGACUGGACCAGUACCAGAAUUUUUUGCAGACUUGCCAUCUUUAAAAACCCUAAAUUUAACGGGGAACAACCUAACAGGUUCGGUUCCACAGGCUGUUAUCGAUAAGUUCAAGGAUGGAACUCUGAGUCUUGGCGAAAAUCCAAAUCUUUGUCAGUCAGACUCGUGCCAAAGAAAGAAGAAGAAGGAGAACAAGUUCCUUGUUCCUGUUCUUAUAUCCGUUCUGUCUGUAAUUAUCCUGAUUCUCAUAGCUGCCCUUGCAAUCAUCCGGAAGUUGACCAAGAGGAGAGAAACUAGAGGUAUUUUCUUUCUUUCAUUUUCAUUUUCAUUUUGUUUCUUUUGAAG